CGACGUGUCGAAGGCGGUGCUUUUCCCUCCCGUGGAUCAGAAGUAUCACAGGCGGGCUUUCGUCGCUGUUUUUGAAUUAUACUUCUUCUAAAAUAACUUACAGAACCGCUGCAGUUUAUAUAUCUAUACAAAGCACCACAAGUUACAUCUGUAAACCGGUUUAAAGUGUAAAACGAGGGCCUGCUUCCCCUCAGAGACAGACAGGCCAUCAUGAAGCUCACGGACAAUGUGCUGCGGAGCUUCAGGGUUGCUAAGGUGUUCCGAGAAAACUCCGACAAAAUUAACUGCUUCGACUUCAGUUCAAACGGAGAAACAAUUAUUUCCAGCAGCGAUGACGAUUCUUUGGUCUUGUACGACUGUCAAGAGGGAAAACCCAAGAGGACCCUCUACAGUAAAAAGUAUGGAGUGGAUCUGAUCAGAUACACACAUGCUGCAAACACUGUGGUCUACAGUUCCAACAAAAUCGAUGAUACUAUCCGGUACCUGUCCCUUCAUGACAACAAAUACAUCCGCUAUUUUCCAGGGCAUAACAAAAGAGUGACAUCUCUUUCCAUGUCUCCUGUGGACGACACAUUUAUUUCUGGCUCAUUAGACAAAACUAUCCGACUGUGGGAUCUCCGGUCACCUAACUGCCAGGGUCUGAUGCACCUGCAGGGGAAGCCAGUGUGCUCGUUUGAUCCAGAGGGUCUCAUUUUUGCCGCUGGAAUAAAUUCAGAGAUGGUUAAACUUUAUGACCUGCGAUCAUUUGACAAGGGUCCCUUUGCAACCUUCAAGCUCCAGUAUGAUCGGACAUGCGAGUGGACAGGGCUGAAGUUUAGCAACGAUGGAAAACUAAUUCUUCUAUCUACUAAUGGCGGGGCUCUUCGCAUCUUAGAUGCUUUUAAGGGUGCUGUGCUACAUUCCUUUGGGGGCUACAACAACAGUAAAGGUGUAACACUGGAGGCAUCAUUCACUCCUGACUCUCAGUUCGUUAUGAUCGGCUCGGAGGACGGAAAGAUCCACGUGUGGAAUGCAGAGAGCGGUAUGAAGGUGGCUUUAUUAGAUGGGAAGCACACAGGACCAAUUACCUGCCUGCAGUUCAACCCCAAGUUCAUGACAUUUGCAAGUGCCUGCUCCAACAUGGCAUUCUGGCUGCCAACCAUUGAUGACUGAUGAGAGAAAAAUGAAGACACGGCUUCUGUUCAAGGCCAAAUUCAAAGUGACCAGCAGGGGUCAGAACAACCAGCUCUAUGUGAACACAGGGACUUGUGGCAAAUUUAAAAAGUCAAAUUGUAAAUAAGUAGUUUUCAGAAAUAGAUUUCUUCUCUAUUGU